AUGUUUGUUGUCUGGUUUAGAAUCACGUUGAUGCAAUCACUUCGAGCUCAGCCUCAGCUCAUCCUUGAGCUGCUCGACUUGUGCCACCAGACCGCCGUCUCACUCCAACAACAGCAACAUCAACAGCACCAGAAGCAGCAUCGCCUCCAACUCUCCUCACCCCGUCUGUCCUCCCUUUGCACCACUUUUUCUCAUCGCCUCGGCUCGGUUAUUGGCUCCCUGGCCUCCGGAUUGGCCGAUCUCCGCGGCCAACUAGCCCUCGCCGCUGCCGCUGACGCCAACGUCAACGCCGACGCCGAAGUCUCGCAACGGACUCACUCGCCGUCGGCUCGAUGGACCGCUCGCCUGACGGCUUUCGUCAAGCAGGCGGUUGCCGUGGACUGGGCCGUUGCCUUGCCGAAGCAGGGAGCCGCCGAGGUGUGUUUACACCCUGUCCUGGACCUCCUCGUCCGCGCCUCAUCGCUUCCCUCUUGGAGCCAGGGGCAGUGGAAGACCACUAUUGCCUCACUGGUCGAUGGUGCCCUGAACGAAGCG